AUGGCGCAACGCCCAGUGAGUCGCGUGCUGGAUGCAUUCCAGACAUGCAGCGCCUCGAGGGUCCCACGUCGGCCUCUUUCUUCGGGUGCAACCGUUGAAGAGAGAGCAGCCGGAAUUAUGUUCGGCUACGUGGAAACGAUACAACUUCCGGAGAAAAUUGACUGGAGAACAUUUUUUCAGUUUUGCCCAAGCGUUACGACGGGUUUACCGCCCGCUUGUGUUUUAUUUUUGGCGCUGAUGACAUCACCGACCCGGAUGCUGCGACGGCUAUGGGGGCUUACGCGAGGGACGGCAAAGACACUGGCGGUUUCCUCUUGGAUGGAUUCCUCUUCCGCUGCUGCUGCUGCUGCUGCUGCAACAUUUUGUUUUGUGAAGAACAUCAAUAGCUGCUGCUGCUGCUGCUGCUGCCGUGGUAAUAAUAAGAAUCGUAAUAACGAUAGUGAUGUCGCUGUUUCUCCGCAAAGGCACCGUUUCUUCCCCCGCCACCGACGGCCGCUGAGUGCUGUUGGCUUUGAUUCUGUUGCCAUUUGUGUGUCACGGCGGUACCUUGCGGGUGAUGGGCCAGCACAGAAGGAACCAAAACGAGAUGAGUGCUUUGCGCAGGAUGACAUGGUUUUUUCCAAGACUGGUGUGGAUGAUGAAUGGACCGCGCUGCAGCUUCCCAGGGCACGCUGGUACGCCCGUCAGGUUCAGCGUUCGCCUGUGGACUCCGAGUGCGUGCGGCGCCUGUGCCAAGACACACACAUGCGAACCGAACACCGGCGAGUGGCAAUGGCGCUCGGUUGCAUUUACGCAUCAAAUAGUAGCAGUAGUAGUGAUGGUGAUGGUGGCGGCGUCAGUGUGACGGAUGUGCUGCUCUGCCUACCCAUCACCGACCGUGCAGCCACUGUGGCGGCUCUUCUUCGUUUUUUUUCGCAUUAUGCCGUCUCCUCCGACCGACUCCAUGAGGCGUUGGCAACCGUCUUGAACGAUCGCCAUGCCACAAAGAAGGAGGCGUGGGUUCUGCUGCAGGCGAUGAUGGCGGUGUCUGAUGUGAGUUCAAUUGUCCAAUUGUGGGGAAUCACGGAGGUGGUGCGUCAUGUGGUUCUCGGCGAGGGUGGCAGCAGCGUGGUGCAUCGUGAGAGGACUACGACGGCACUGCGGUUUGGCGAAUGCGUCUUGACGGCGGAGACACUAGCAGCGCUGUGCGAGGAGUCUGGUCUAUGGUAUGAGUCCGCCGCAUACCAUUCCUUUGCCUCAGGGGUCCUGCUGGAGGUCACGGAAGAGGGAAAGAAGAGUAACAGAUGCGGAUUUGGGGAAGAAAUGGUGGUGCUUCUGCGGGCGGUGCGAAAUGGCGAGUAUACUGCACCAUCGUCUUCGUCAUCAUCACCUCCAAUCGGCACUAUCGAGGCGCUUCGGAAAGAGAUGUCGCCGGUGGUAGCAACGUACACCAUGCACCGUGUUGCCGCCGAACUCACACGAAAUGAAUGGGAAAAUGGGUAUGACGCAUCGAAUAGGGAGGGCAGCGGAAAUAGGGGCAGUAGGAGUGGUAGCGAUAUGACGGCUCUGCAAUAUAUGCGGAAUGCGGCACCGUUAUCAGACGAUGCGGUGUGUGCUCAGGCGUUCAAGCUUCACUUUGAUAUGCGUCUCGGUUCUCUCUCAACUUCUUUGGCUCUCCUGCCAUCAUGUCGUCAUGACUGGCAUCGCACUGUGCGACUUAUGCAGCACACCCAUCGUGCUGGCGUGGCACAUUCAUUGGAUGCUCUUUGGGAGCUGAUGGAGUUGGCUCCAUCCGGUCGCUACUACGUCAUGUUGCGGCUCCAAGCCUCUCAAUAUCGUUUCCGUGGCGCCAAUCACAACUGCACACUUCUCCUGGAGGCGAAAGCAACAGCAGAAGCACUGGGUGCGCCCGAAGGCUUUGAAGCCUUGUCAGCAGGCCCAUGGCGACACCUUGCAGAAGCGGCAGCUCGGCACCAGCCCCAUGUGGGACAGGCUCUCUGGUCAUUGCCUGUGAGCUACAUUCCCCGUGUGGCCGCCGCCAUGCCACACUUGCCGUCCUCCGUCUUGUCAUGUUGGAUUCGGUUGCUUCUCCGUCACAGGCGGUAUGACUCUGUCGAUGUGGUUCUGCAGAUGGCUGCUGAACGUGGCGUUGUACCGGAGAUGAUGGCGCUUGUUGAGGUACUUGAAAGUGUUUAUGACCUCGAUGGGGAUGCUGCACAGCUGCAGCGGGUGGUAAGAAGUGUGCGGAGUUUGUUUCCCUAUUGCGCCCCAGCCGUGUUCCGUGCCUUUGUGGAGCGCACUGCGGCGCAAAUGCAUGAUAGACCUUCGCAUUCGUGGAGCACCGGGCUGAAACUACUUUCCACAGUAAGUGUUUUGGGUCUCCUGCAUUAUCCGCGCAGUUGUUUGGAGUCCAUUGCGGCCUGCGCCCCCACGCCCGUUGUCUAUGCAAUGCUGCAGAUCUUGAGUGAGGAGGGUGAUGCUGCUGCUGUGGAAGGUGAUGGUGGCGCAGCAGUGCCGUGUUCUUCGCCGGCUCCUCUGGAGCUUGGUGCAUUGCGUCGCCUUCUCCGCUCCGCGCAGAUGGCUGGCCUCCGUCCGAAGGUUGACGUUGUCGCGGUGUCCUGCGCGACCAAAAAAACGGCAUGGUGGUCGUCAGACACGGCUGUUGCGGGAGUGCCGAUGGCAACAGCGCUCUACAGGAUGCAGGCGGUAGGAUUGUGGCGCCACGCCCUGCAGGAGGUGUCUUGGAUGAAAAUGAGUUGCGUGGAUGGUGCCGCCCGUUGCGAUGGGGUGGCAGUCCACCACGCCGUGCGACUGGCUUCAUUUGGAAGUGAUAGCGUGGCCACCCUUCGUCGUGGUGUUCUGGCGGCCGAAGAAAUGGGACGAAAAAAAGUUGGUUUGGUGGAGUCGGGUCGGGCGUGUCGUCUCACGCGGGUGGAUGACGCCAUGUUGAUAUCGACAAUUGCGUGCGUUGCGGGUGCACUUGUGGCGCGUGGCCGUUGGGAGUCGGCGCUGCGCAUCAUUCCGCUGGGGGUAACGGACCUUCCGUCUCUCCUCAGAAUUGCACGGCUGAAGGCGCUUCAAUGCAGCAGUGCUUUUGAUGUGCAUGCAGCAAUGCUGCUGGAGCCGGAGCAAAGGCCGCGAAAGAAUAAAUGGAGGAAAUAUCAACAAGCCUCCUGCCGCCCCGCCUUCCGUCGUCGUCGUUGCGGGAUGCCGGCGGGUGUGCGUCGAAUUGUGAAGAAGAUGCAGAUGAGCGAAAUGUUCCGCUGGUGGGAUAAACGGAGCUGA